AUGUGGCGUGGAGUGGUGAUCAUCUGUUUAGUGGCUUUUGUAGCCAUCGAUGGUUUACCUAACCAUGAAGCCGAAAAUGCACGCUACGACAGCUCAUUCCAAGCUAAUGGACGAAGGCAUCAGAAGUCUGAUGCUUAUGAUGAAGAGCAUACGAGUAGUCUGGAUGUAGACCAAGACAGGGUGGUGCAAACCCAGGCUGGGUCUCAAUGGGCGAAGACCAGUGAGGCAGAUAGCGCUUUCGAUGUGAAUCAGAGCGCUAAGGAAGGUUAG